AUGGCCACAAAGACGAACGUGAUACAUGCACCAGCUCGCCCAUCAUACAUCCUGCGCGGACAUACCGCUCAAAUCCAUGCUGUGCUGUUUCUUCAUGACAACUCACGCCUUCUGACGGGCGAUGCGGACGGCUGGGUGAUUCUAUGGCACACGACGAGCAAGCGCGCCGUCGUGGUCUGGCGAGCACACAAUCAUUCGAUCCUGGGUUUUGCGGCAUGGGCGCAAGAUAAAAUCAUCACACACGGUCGAGAUAACAAAAUAUAUGUCUGGCAACUCCGUGUAGGAGAAGACGAGUCCCAAUUUUCGACCAUUCUUCCGAUUGAAGAUCUCACGACCGAGCGCAAGCAACCCUGGUUGUUGUAUACACUAGAUGUCAACGCGCUGAACUUCUGCUCUUUCGCAACGUGCACUGAUUUCGAGUCCCUUCCUGGUGCCGAUCAACAGACAAGUGAGAGUCCUUCAAUCUAUCUCGAACGUAUACUGAUCGCCACACCUGGCCUUGAGGAUGGCCACAUCAACAUCACGCGUCUUCCAGACUGCUCUCGCUUCACUACCAUUCCAACCCCCAAAGGAACAAAUACAGGCAUGGUUAUGGCAUUAGCUCUAACAAGCCGGACCUCAACCUUGCCGUCUCCCUCAUCAUCUUCGAAGACGAUUUACGUUGCCGCAGGCUACGAAAGCGGCCAUAUAGGUCUGUGGAAGCAAUCUCCUGUGUCUAGUACAGCAAAUCUCCGCCAUCAGUCCCAGGCAACAUUUCAUCUGAUUUAUAUUCACCACUCGCAUACUCAGCCUAUACUUUCCCUCUGUUUCGAUCCCGAGGGGACAGUCUUCUAUACGUCCUCGGCGGAUGCACUGAUUGUCCGGCAUCGUUUCACUGCGGCGGGUACUUCUCAAGUUCCGCCAUCUUCAUCUGCUUACAGUCAGGUGCAGACGGACUCACUACAGACUCGCCAUGCAGGACAACAAUCUCUUGCGAUGCGUUCAGACGGGAAGAUUUUCGCAACAGCGGGUUGGGACGGUCGAGCGAGGGUCUAUGUAGCAGGAGAAUCAGCUUCGGACGGUGCGCUUGCUGGCGAGGUUGGUAAAGUGCGAGAAGUGGCAGUGUUGAGGUGGCACCAAGAGGGCUGUUACGCAGUUGGAUUUGCGCACGUGCAAAGUGAGGAAGACUCAACCAAUAAAAGUACAUCUUUGGAAUCUCAAGGACAAGUAGACGAUGGUGUGAUCUUGUCUGUGGCGGAGCGGAGGGACGCAGCGGCGAGAAAUGCACAUUGGUUGGCGGUGGGUAGCAAGGACGGGAAGGUCUCACUAUGGGACAUAUUCUAGGGGACGACAAGUCUUAUACGGCAGAUUGAGGAUAAUUAUCACCGGCUUGCAAUGCAAUUCGGAUCUUAAGGACACGCAGACAUCUAUCUUCGUCCAGAUUUUCGGUCAUGUCCAACAAACAGGCUUAGCCCAAAUUGAAUUCGGACGCUCCACCCAUGGCCUUGACUCUCGCGAACAUCUUCCGCUUCG